AUGAGGUCAGACUGGAAACUUCUUCUGCUUAUGGCGGCCGCAUUCGCGGCCGCCAACGCGCAGGAUUUAGUGUCGAUGAAGUACAAGGUCUUCCCAUUCUGCAAUUGCCCCCCUUCCGGUUUCCCGUAUUCCUUAUCGCCACCUAAGGACUAUGGCAAUGGCAAAUACUGCUUCACGCUUCUUGUGGACACUAGCAGCAGCACCGAGGCCUGCGCUCGGGCGGGACUCUACAAGAUCGAGUUCAACGUCAAUCCUGCAUGCGACAAGUGGUCCCUGGAUAUCAAGGCAACCAUCAACGGGAAUUUCUCCCUUCAGAAGCCAGAUUUCCACUUCCCCGCCAGUCCUCCGGCUCCCCCCGUUUUCAGCCUUAACAUUCCUGUCGAUCAGUGUCGUGCCUUAGCCAAUAAGGUUGUCGACGAAUUUAUUGCACAAGCGGAAGGUGUGGGUGCCAGGUUGCUGUCGCCACUUAACCCGGAACCGUAUUGCGAGGGCAGCCUUGUCAAGGUGUGCCUCACCUUCGCCUCCAAUGCGGAUGCUGAAAAGCUUGAGCCGUACGCCCUGACUAUGGCUGAUACUUGGGCCGGAUUCCUCCUGGAUAGUAUCGGCUGCCCCUCAGAGUUCAGCCCCUUCAAUGUCGUGGUAUCGAUCCGCGGUGACGGCACAUGGCCAGAUGCUCCAGCGAGCAAAUGCCUGAAUGCUGAAGCCUCGAGGAAUUGCAAACCACUUCCCAUCAGGUUCCCUCCUUGCAACUGCACAACCACAGUCGGCGCUACUCCUUUCGCACUUCUGCCGUACACGGAGACUGUCCCAGGAACUAAGAAGGACAGGGUGCAGUACUGUUUCCGUACCGCUGUUGUGCAGCCAAAUGAUCCGAACAGCCGUUGCGGCAGCUCGGACACGUUGGCGAAGAUUGAGUUCUGGGCGAAUGAAACAAUGCGCCGCAGCGUUCUAGGCGUCUAUGUCCGCCCCUCCGACGCCGACACAUUUCGCUACAUUGCCCCUAGCUGGGCUGCAGUGGGCGAGCAGACGUUCAAGGUCACCCCGCUGAGGUGGUCCAAGGCUCAGGCAGAUGGUGGCAAGGUCUGCCUCGAGUUUAAUCAGAACGUUGACUUGAGCAGCUUCUGCCUCACGAACAGCAGCCGCAAGGUUUGCUGGAUGAGCCUUUUCAGCCCGGAUAACAAGUGCUGUCCUUUAUUCUUGGCGGCUUCGAUCUGAGAUCUUCGAGUCAUCCUACGUGAGGCAUCUCCUACCUCUAUGAACCCCUUGUGGAUUAGAGCGGCUUUGAUAACAUCGUCACAGUCCUGCACAGACUCGCGAAGGUUUUUUGUCUUCUUCUGCAAACUUAACAACUGCAUCUGGUGCACCUCGGAGCCUUCAUAUCUUUAUCAUUACUAUUUCUCGAUGUUCUUCGUACAUUUUCCGUCUUCGUUGCUCUUGGGCUCGUUUCGGGUUUAUAUGUUUCUCUAUGGGUUUCGGGGCUCGACUCUUGGCUCGAGGUGGCUAAUCGUUAAUUAUGAUGGGCCAGUCUGCACUUUUCACUUUGCAGGAGGAAACGUCGUUACACGUCACAAGCCUGCUGCCCUCAUGUCUCUGUGAUUGGGCUGCUGUCGGUGCUGAUGGUGAACAUGUGUAUUUAUACAUGCAUCUAAAAGACCGUUCUCUUCGUACAUGCUGGAGCAAGCAUGCGUGGACAACGGCAAUUUAGAGCGGUAAAUGGCUCUGUCGAUAGCUGCGAUCCUGUUGUCACUCCAGGAGGGAUAAGAAUGUUGUGUACGGUGAUGUGUGUAAGAUUUGGGCUGAGAGUUAACUCGUAUGUGAGGAGAUAUGGGGAGUUAUCUGCUGGAAAGUUGCCUUGUAAUGUGAGAUCAAUGUACG